UGAGGCUGGCUGACUGGCUGGGUGGCUGGCUGGCUGGCUGACUGGCUGGCUGGCUGGCUGGGUGGCUGGCUGGGUGGGUGGAGACAGUGUUGUGACUCGCAGCAGUCAACAUGGCUGACAUGACCAAUGACUCUACACGUCGCCUCGUCUCCAAGAAACAAACUCUAGACGAUGCCUACGCUGCUCCAGCAAACUUCCUCGAGAUCGACGUAGUAAACCCAAUCACUCAUGGUGUCGGCAACAAAAGAUAUACUGACUAUGAAGUUCGGAUGCGGACCAACUUACCAGUGUUUAAGGUGAAGGAAUCAAGUGUGCGGAGGAGGUACAGUGAUUUUGAAUGGCUAAGAAAUGAACUUGAAAGGGACAGCAAGAUUGUGGUUCCACCACUUCCUGGAAAAGCAUUAAAGAGGCAGUUACCAUUCAGAGGAGAUGAUGGCAUUUAUGAAGAAGAAUUUAUUGAGGAUCGACGCAAAGGACUCGAAGUUUUCAUUAACAAAGUUGCAGGGCAUCCGCUAACUCAAAAUGAGAAGUGUCUGCACAUGUUCCUUAAGGAAAUACAAAUUGACCAGCACUAUACACCAGGCAAAAUCACUCAGAUUUAGACUUAGCUGCUAGGGACAUUUUUAAAGUGAAUUGCAGGACACCCUCUUGCACAGAAUGAAAAGUGCCUACAUAUGUUCAUUCAAGAGCCAGUCAUUGACAAAAACUAUGUGCCUGGCAAAAUUCGCAACACGUGAGUCUGCCCAAUCUUCCUCUUAGUUAAAGUGACCAACGUGGAAGCUUUGUGUAACCAUCUGAUAAACUUUACUGAUGUAGUAAUGUUGAAGAUUGGAUCUGUUAUAUACGAGGAUGAGUUUUGUUUAUCAGUUAUGAUUGUACCUUUUCCCAACAUUGGGAUGCUCAUCAAUGCCACUGAAUAUUUCUUAGUUUACUGCUCUAGCUAAGUCACCCCUAUUUCCUAAGACUUGCAUAUUCAUAACUACUGUGACAGUUUUUUCAUUUGUCAUAUACGUAUUUCAGCUAAUUUAGAUGCUUGAAUCACCCACAUUGCUCUGAAAUACAAUAAUACUGUCAUUUUUUCUUCCCAUAUAUUGCAGAUCUUUUUAUAUUUAACAAAGCAACCAACCCAAUGUAAGAGUAGGCGCACUGGGUAUACUGAAGCUGAUAGUAAUUGUUUUUAAUUCACAAAAAAAUAAAUGACUGCUUACUGAUGAACACACGUCAUUUGCUCUUGACAUACGUAUAGUGCUAAAGGCAUAAGACAUAAAUCCUAAAAGUUGAAAAUACAUCUCUGGCUGAGCAUGCUGAUAUAUUUCCCUUGUAUAAAGACAUUACCAUGAAAUAUUUUGUGUAAAUGAUGGUAAGACUCGUGUGUUAUGGGUUUCAAAGGUGCUUGGUCAUUGCUUUGAAACAAGUUCUCCAUUUAAGAUCUUAAUGUUUAUUUUAGUUAAAAAAUAUUAUUGGAUACUUGGCAACAAUUAUAAUGUAGUUAUUUUUCAAGAUGCAAACUCUUACAUUUUAAGAUAUGUAAAAUUGUGGCUUUGAUCCAAGACCUAAACUAUUUUAUCAAUAAUGUAUUUAAUAAUCCAUAAUUGUUUAACUCGCCUGAAACUACAAAGAUUUAGUUUUUUAACAGGACUAAACUAAUAUAGUACACAUAGAUAUAUUGUUAUUUCUGUAUAGUAUUCUGUUGACCAGUAUAGAAAAUAUGGGGAUAUAUGAAUCCUGUUAAAAGUAAUUUAUGAUUUUUUGUGGUACUGUAACUCUCAGGUUUGAGUUUUUUGAUCUACAUAUCUUAAACUUAGUCUGAACUUUUCUAUGAUUUUGUCACAUGUAUGAAGGUUUGGGAACAUACAAGUGGACUGGUACGUAAUCUUGCCCAGGUUAAUUCUAAUGGAAUAAUUUAGUAGUUACUUCUCAUUAAUGGUUGUAAUUAGCUGCUGUUAACAUUUGUUCAGGUUAAUAAGUAGUGGUUUCAUCCAGUUGUUUGAGGUCUGGUGUAAUAUUUUCCUGCAAAGUUAUUUUUAAAAUUUCAGCAUUUACUGUUUGUUACUUUAGAAGUUAAUUAUAAGCUGUUUUAAUAUUUACAUGUGAAAAAAUCAUUAUCUCUGGUCAUGCUGUGGUGGUCAUUAUACUGUGGACAUCCCAGCAAAAAAUUGAACAAAAUGUGAUAUAAUAUCAGUUACCUUUAUCAAUAAAUAUCACUGUGUUUA